GCUUUCAUUUACUGCCAUCAUUUUCUUUCUUGGCCUACUUUUCAAUUAGUCAAUUCUGAGUCAAUUAGAUCAAUUCCAGUGAUAUCCUCUCCCUCAAGUUUCAUUUUCACACUCUUCUGCCCAUUUUCCAAAUUAGACAACUAAAUCAUAUCCUGUUCUUUUGCAAAUUGGCAUCGGCUUGCUGUCUGUUAGCUGAUUACUAGAUUUGAAGAACGUACCUUCUAGUUGGUCAUAGUGUGCAUUUGGACUGUUUUAUUCUACUCUCUGGAUUCUUUUCCUAACCCUUAAGGUGCUGGUUCUAGAAUCAAUUCCCAUCCUUCUGGAUUGUUGAUUUUAGGUUCUUUCAGCCAAUUGUUUUUAGUUCCUUUUCUUAAACAAACAUUAUCAGGACUACCCAAAGUGAACUUGUGAUUCUUGGAAUCUUGUUAGAUGAUGUAAAAUUGUAAGAUAAUCCCAUCAGCCUGAUGGACCUCCCCUGAUGAUGUCAUAUUCAGCCAACUAUGUUUUUCAUUUUUCAUAUUUUGCAAGAUCCCAAGCCAUGUUCCUUAAAUCAACCCUAUUUUUCUGUUUCCAAUCAGAAAUGUCAUCAAGAAGAGAAACCCAUUUUGGAGUUCAAUCUUCAGCCACAGUUUGCAUAACCAAAUUGUUGUGGAAGAAGGCAAUCGCUUGGAUGUUCUCCUAACCCAACCCGGGAACAUACUGGAGGGAAUCGCAGCAUAGGGAAUGUUCGCGUCUCGUUGCAAGGCUCAUCUUGAGUUGUAGGUCGUUGUAGGUCAUAAGGGAGUUUAUCUGAUCAAGGACCGGGGCACAAGGGUCCUGAUACUAUCCAAGUGCGAAAGAACCACGGGUGACUCCAAUGAGUAUGAGAUUACUACUGAUCCAAUUUCUUAGAAAGUUCAUCAGUUUCUCUUCAAAUUACCACCGCAAAUCCUUCCUCGUUGAAUGGGAAUUUUGGAAUUCAUUGUUUGUCUCAUCUGCUCUUGGAAAUGGCCCCUCUAUGGAAUGGCUGAUUCAUUGUUCAUAUUCGAGUUGCACGUGUUCCAUUUAGAAUCUCCAUAGCUCUCAUACCCACACGUAGUUUCUUCUUUUUGUACUGCUAGGCUAUUGUCUUUUCGUUUUCGUUUUCAAAAUUUAGAAUUCUAGGUGUCAACCUUAGCAUUUCCACACCAAUUUCCCCUGCAAAUGGUGGGGAAAAAACCACGCCGAGAGAGUCGGCGAGAUGGGAGGAUGCCAUUUUUAGAACCAACUAAGAAGAAGAAAGAACUAUAUCUCCCCCAUCAAUGGCCUCUUAGACACAGCCAUUAGCCAUUAGCCAUUAGCCAUUAGCCAUAGCCCCACAGCCCCACAGCCCCACCCUUGCCACAUUCUCCAACACCUCCAUGUCGUCCACCGUUGCAUUGCCGGCCACCAGCAAUUGCAAAGCAGCAACGGUGUACGACAUUCUCCGGGAAUUCAACCUCCCUAUAGGCCUCCUUCCAGAUUGUGCUGUGGAUUGCAAGCUGGAUCGAGGCAAGGGAAAAUUGGAGGUUCAUUUGAAAGGAUCAUGCCAUUUCUCACUGCAGGAGCCGUAUGAAUUGAAAUACAAAUCCACCGUUAGUGGGCACAUCUCAGGGAAUAAACUGACGAAUCUGAAGGGCGUUAGUGUGAAGUUCAUGUUCUUCUGGGUCAACAUUGUGGAGGUGGUGAGAAACGGCGACGAUCUGCAGUUCUCGGUCGGGAUGACUACAGCGUCGUUUCCAGUGGAUAUUUUCACCGUGUGCCCGCAGGGUGGGUGCGGAGUCGAUUGUAAGGAUGGAAAACUGAGAAAAAUUAAAGCCAAAUCCCUUGUUUCCUCGGCUUGAAUUGACCGUUUUCGUUUCAGUAUUGAUUAGAAUAAAAAAGGGGGUUUGGAUCUCAGGUAGAAAUCUCUUGAUUAUUUGAACUUUGAACUUGGUUGUGGUUUAAAACGGAUGUUCAUUGAUGAAUAGGCGUUUGAACUUAUUUUCUGAAGCCAAAAAUAAAAAAUUAAACAUUACUUAGAU